CAUGACAAUGGAAGUUUACUUCGAGAUCCAUCCUCAAUUUGUCUCCGCAACCAAGACAUACAAUGAAAUGCAAAUCGACCAUCCAGCCUUCGGAAAGCCAUACGAGACGCUGGUACUUCUGGGUGACAAGAAUGAUUGUGGAGUGUUUUAUGUCAACUACCACCACAAUAUAAUUCCAGGUCCCUAUGAUUGGUAUGACCUUAGAGUAUGGAAUUCUUCUUUAGAAGCAGGACCUGAUGCGAAAUGCGUAGAGAUGUACAAUGCUAUAUCUCGCAACAGCAACACGACGUAUAGCUACACUCCUGAAUGCCAGUGCAUAUUUUCAGUGCAUAUGUAACAUGUGAAAUAAAGCCACGAUGACAUGCACA